GCAGCGGGGCGGUGGCGGAGGCGGAGGCGGAGGCGGAGGCGGGGUGGUGAUGGCGGCGGUGAGGCUGAGCGAGGCGGAGAAGCUGUACAUCGUGCACGGCGUGCAGGAGGACCUGCGUGUAGAUGGCCGUGGCUGCGAAGAUUACAGGUGUGCAGAAGUAGAAACAGAUGUUGUGUCAAACACAAGUGGGUCUGCGAGAGUGAAGCUGGGACACACUGAUAUCUUGGUAGGCGUAAAAGCUGAAAUGGGGACACCGAAGCUGGAGAAACCAGAUGAAGGUUAUCUGGAAUUCUUUGUUGACUGUUCUGCAAAUGCUACUCCUGAAUUUGAAGGCCGGGGAGGAGAAGAACUUGGCACAGAGAUAGCAAAUACACUCUACAGAAUAUUUAGCAGUGAAGGGAGUGUAGACCUGAAAUCUCUUUGUAUUAAUCCUAGAGAGCACUGCUGGGUUCUCUAUGUUGAUGUAUUGUUAUUGGAGUGUGGUGGGAACCUCUUUGAUGCAAUCUCUAUUGCGGUGAAGGCAGCUCUCUUUAACACAAGAAUACCCAAAGUGCGUGUUCUGGAGGAUGAAGAAGGCUCUAAAGAAAUUGAGCUCUCUGAUGACCCUUAUGAUUGUAUUCGACUUAACGUGGAUGAUGUGCCCUGCAUUGUCACGUUAAGCAAAAUUGGAUAUAGGCAUGUGGUGGAUGCUACCCUUCAGGAAGAAGCCUGUUCUUUGGCCAGCCUGCUUAUUGCUGUGACCAGUAAGGGUGCCCUAACUUGCAUGAAGAAAAUAGGGAAAGGUAGCCUUGAUCCUGAGAGCAUUUUUGAAAUGAUGGAGACAGGAAAGAGAGUAGGAAAGUCAUUGCACAUAUCCCUUCAGAAGAUUUUGGAUGAAGAAGAAAGUUUGGGGACCACACGGCAGAAAGUUGGAUUUCUAGGAUGAGUUUUUAUUAAAUGCUCAAAACUGUUUUUUAA